GACUACCACCGACCUUACACUUUCCAUCAUGCUAGCAGUAAAUGUCAUUUUCAGACCAAUCACAGAUAUAUAUCUUUGUUCACUACAGAUGAUGGUUACGUUGCAUUUACAAUCCAUCUUUCAAUGCAUCAGACGCCCCUGUGAAAAAGUGGACCGCGCCAUUGACCCCGUGACACAAAGAUGGCGGACUGCCAACACCCGAAAUGACUAUCAGAAAAUAAACGUCUGCGUAGUUCCCGCAUAUGACGAUUCUUUGAGCACAGGAGUGAGAAUGAAGCUACGAGUGAAGAUCAGUGGACAGAAGACCCGGGUGGAUGUGGGACAGGACUGCCACACCCUGGGCACGCUCAGAACCCUGCUGGCUCCUGUCCUGGGGGAGCAGUAUGGACUCGGAGAUGACAUGCCAUUUGAGAUAAGCCUGAAUGGUCGAGAUGCACUGCUUGGUGAUGACAAACCCCUUUCUGAUCUCGGUAUUGUCUCCGGAGACCUCAUCCACAUCCUACUAGCAUCUGUUGACCAGCCUUCAACCAAUCACAACACUCAGCAACAAGGGCAGCAUCCUUCCUCACCAGAACACCCCCAGCCUUCCACCAAUCACAGAGCUCAGCCACAAGGCCAGGAUCAUUCCUCCUCAGAACAAGCUUGUGGACUGAGAAAAGAAACAGAUAACACUAAGCAAACAGAACAUGCUGCAAGCUGUGGCAAUGAUACCAAACUAGCCACAAGCAAAUCUGACACAACAAAGGCAGACCCAGACAAAGCUUUAUCAAAAAACCCUGUUAACAAGGAUGAGAAAGAAACUGUGGUGGUAGACACAGAAGAAUCAGCAGUCAAUGAUGGAGAUGGGCAAGAUAAAGAAGUUCUGAUGGAUGUUGAGGAAGAGGAAGCUGUGAGCCUAUCAAUGGAGGGUGCAGGGGUGGGAGGGAUCCCCUCAGAACCAAUGCUGUGUCGGGAAGCAACGGUGGACUCUGUGCCAUUGGUGCUACAACAAGUCUACCGUGCCAAUGAUGUGAAGAGCAGACAUGAUGCGCUGUGUAUGGUGCUACAUGUGCUUAUGAUGGAAAGUGGAUUUUCAGCAAAGGAGCCAUCUUCCCCAGAAGACCAAGAGAGCAUCAAUGGUUUUACCCUUCCUAAUGGGUGGAAGUCACCAGGAAUGUACAAGAUGACCUACAGACACAUGGCCUGUGAGGGGUCAUCAUGCGGUCUCACUAUGGUUCCUAUGGGGUCCCUCUUGAUGGUUCAUGGUGUGGUUACUGGGAGUAAUCCCAGCAUGCACCACCAGGUCCAGCUGAAGACUGACAGUUUCACAUUUCACAAUGUACAAGACCCUGAUAGAGUCUACAAGAACCUUCCCCAGUUGUCUAAAGUGUUUAAGGAUUCGGUGGCUCAACCCUUACUGGCUGACAUGAGACAGGUACUGGGGCUCCCUGCACUGCAUGGUCUUCUGGCCUUGUCCGCAGAAAUUCAGUUGAUGGUGUUACAGCACCUGGAUGUGUUAAGCCUGGUCAGACUGUCUGCUGUAUGUAAGGACUUACACAGUGUUGCCAAUGACCAGAGUCUCUGGAGAUUCAGAUACCUCAGGGACUUUGGAGAUAUCAAAAACAAAACAUCAACCCUGGAUUGGAAAGAGCUGUACAAGAAGCACUACCAAGACCGUAAGAAGGCCCGAGAGUGGAUGCGCCACCAGCGUUCCUUCCACCCACCACCGCCCCCCUGGGCCAUUCCCACCCCUCCCCACUCCUUCCCCCCAACAUAUCCCCCUGGCUUCAUCGGAGGAGAUUAUGACAGAUAUCCCCCCGGGAUGCCUGGGGCUUUCUUUCCCCCUGGGAUGGGGAGGGGGUUUGGCCCGUCCCAGCCGAUCAGACCCUCUCCCCUGGGACCGCGGUUUGAUCCCAUUGGUCCGCUACCAGAACACCAAGUGAUCCCAGGUCGAGGCAUGAGAGACGGCAGGGGGAGGAUGGGACCAUCACCAUCGUUCGGCUUCAUGCCAAAAUUCUUCUAGUGCAAAAGAAUCUUCUGUAACUGAUUCUGUAGCUUCGGACAAAGGCAGAUGGUUUGUGUUACAGCCAGGCAUGUCUCCAGAACCUGUCCCUCUGUCCCAAAAUGGAAAUUUAUUUGUUAGGACAGAAAAAAAUUCACCCCAUCCAUUAAAAAAAAAUCUAAGCUUCAUGUGACAUGCAAUUCAUGUAUUUUUGUUAGCUUAAGCUGGCAGAUUUAACAUCAAAAAGCAAUAACGUAUGUCCCCAGACAAUGAGAGCCUUCGUCUCGUCUAUAUUUCUGAUUGUUGCACAGUUUGCCAUUAGAUGUGUUCAAUCAUGCACUGUAAUCUAGCGGAUAUGUGAACAACCCUUUUUGAAUUUGUGUUAAAUAAAGCUAUCUGAAGUACAUGAGAACAAUUGACAUAUCAUUGAAAGUGAUCAUGACAGAAGAUUAACAUAGUGCCAUAGUACAUAAAAUAAGUAUGCUGGUUAUUCAAAUGUAUAAACUAAUGUAUGUUCAUCAGCAGAUGAGAGCAACUACAUGUUAAAUCAACAGCAGGAGCAUAAGAGCUCUGUCAAGUAGUUAUGGCAUGGUUUCAUAAUCAACUAGGAGAUGUAGAAAUUACCAAUUGGCAAUGUGGUACUUUGUACAAUCUUUGUGAUUUGUAAAAUAUAAAGCAAAUUCCUAUGUACAUGUCCUUCGGCAUUGACGUGGUUCUAAAAUAAAAAUCUAGUAGGUAAAGUCAACAUUCAUCAACUCCGUCUUGAGUUACACAAUGUAGCCUCUUCUAAAGUUUAAAAGAAAAAGGUCCGUGCAGUUCCAGAAAAGCUGUUGUUUUACAAAACUCGAGAAAAGUUCUGCUGCAGUACAUGCGUACCAAAUAAAGACACUGUCUUAC